AUGUUACCAUAUCUAUAUCUGCUUACAUUGCUGUCCGUCCCCCUUCCUAUUGCUGGAGUUACUGCCAAAGUUUGUCCACCAUGGGUAACUCCUUACCUCCAAAAAGUCAUAGCUAGCCAUCCUGAAUUUCCAGGCAUACAAGUGGCUCUCUCCUCUCAACGCUGUGGGUUCGAUUGCAAAACGAGCGUGAAUUCUAACCUGAGCCACUUCGCCGACGAGCCACCUUACCUGGAAGACACUCCUUGGCGCAUUGCAAGCAUCACGAAGACUUUCACGGCUUCGGCAACCUUGCGGCUUGUUGAGCAAAAUAAACUCAACCUUCACGCUCCAAUCGUCAAUUUCCUCCCUGCAUGGGCCAUCAAUUAUCUUGAACAAGAACAAGGAGCUUCAAACGCCAGCCAGAUCACCAGCUGGAUGCUCUUACACCACAUAAGCGGACUGGGUGACCACGCCACAGAUCCACGGUGGCUUCAAGAGGUUAUGGCGAAUCCGGAAUAUCGAUGGACCCAGAAAACUGUCCUUGCAUGGGCCGCAGCCAAUGUGACAGGUGUUGGGUACCCCGGAGAAAGCUAUUACUAUUCUGACACGGGAUUUACCUAUCUUGGCCUGGUCGUCGAAAAUGUGACAGGUCUAGGCCUCGCACAGGCUGUCCGCACGUUGGUCAAGCUCGACGCCCUCAACAUGCCAUCUACAUACUGGGAAAUCCUCGAGCCUACACCCAAAAACGUCCUCGCGCGGGCGGGUCAGUAUUUGGAAGGCGAGGAUGCGACCCACGCCGAUGCGAGUUUUGACUUGUAUGGUGCAGGCGGGCUGGUAAGCAACAGCGGGGACCUCAACAGUUUCACAAGGGCGCUUCAUACGGGACGAGUGCUGAACAAUGCAUCUUUACAGCUUAUGAUGACGACGGAGAAGACGGGUUAUUCUGGAUGUGGCAUUUUUAACGACACCUUUGCUGGUCAACAGGCAUGGGGCCAUCGUGGCUUCUGGGCUGCUUGGACUUAUUACGUUCCUACUCUGGAUCUGUAUCUCUCUGGGACCGAUGGUGUAGGUGAUGACCAGUUGGACUUGAACCCCCUUGUGCAAAGUGUUAUUGACCAUGGCUGUCGCCCGGUCAAGAUUGGAGAUGCCGCGGGCAUAGCUGGGGUAGUCUAA